AUGAAGCUCUCAACUAUUAUUACUCAAACUAUCUUAUUAACUGGUAUCAUUGCAUCACCAAUUGCUAAUCCUGAUGAUGAAUCAUCUAAUCCAUUAUUAGAAAAAAGAGCAGAAAAUAGAAUCUGUACUGAUGCUUUAAAACACAAGCAAUGUCAUUUGAAUAAUUAUCAAAAUUGUGUUUCUUAUUGGACUCAACCAAUGUCUGCUGAUUGUUAUGUUCCAGGUCCUCCAGAUCCUGUUUGUGCUCAACAAAGAUUACAACAAGUUCAUGCUCAUUGUCGUUUCUAUUGUUCAAAAAUUAAAAAUAGAGCAGAUUGUGAAAAAGCUGUUAAAGAUUCUGGUAUUGCUAAAAAUCCACAAGGUUAUUGUAAGAAUAUCAAGUUCUGUUAA